AACUGGGAUGAUGUGAAUAAGCUGUUUGUUUGUGCCUCUGUGUUUUCUCCAGCUUGCCGCAAUUUCCUCUCAUAAGGACCUCUGCCAUCGUUGUAUUUUCAGUGUGCGUACUUGUCCGCGACAGGCCGCAUUAUGCAAGGACUCGGAAAGACAGAGCGCGCCGACCAAGGCCGAGACAUGGACCUAACGUCGCUGAGAUCCACCAUGCCGGCCGGCGGUCCCCUGCAGGGUAGCUCGGCCUCUAACCUGAACAUGAACCUGUAUGCCACCAAGAAGACUGCGGCCGAGGGCAUGCUGGACAUCGCUCUCUUCCUGGCCAACAUCACGCACAUGAAGACGGUCAUCGAGCAGGGGGCGGGAUACAGGUACUACGCAGCCGUCCUGACUCUCAUCUCCUUCUCGCUGGCACUUCAGAUCGUCGCCGGGAUCUUGAUCAUUAUCAUUGCUCGGCGAGACCUCAACGACGAGGCCAACCACAAGCGUCUGGACAGCCUCAACAACAGCGCCACCGUCGUCAUCUUCCUCGUCUUCGUCACCAACAUCUUCAUCUCAGUCUUUGGGAUGGAGCGCACAGGGCUCUUUGCCAGGAUGCACUUUUAACCCCCCAGAGAUACACGUUUUGGGAGCAAAUCUAAUGCACUAAUCACUAUUAAUGCUACGGUGGCAUUGUUUUUAGUUUGACAAGACUGUACCAACAGACCAGUGAUUCUCAAAGUGUGGUACCUCUAGUGGUACCCCGGCUUCCUCUGGUGGUGUGUGAAGAAUCAUUGAAUUAAAUGUGACAGCUUUGUACUUUGAAUUACAAUGCAUUUGCAUUUCAUCUUUAGAACACUAUGUUUUCAAACAUUUAUUGAGGGCAUUUUUUAUUUCAACCUACCGGUGUGUGCAACACAGUGGUGCCUUGAGAUAGCAGUUUAAUUCCACCACGCUCGUAACCUCAAAACACUCAUAUCUCAAAUCAUCUUUCCCCAUUGAAAUAUAUGGAAACGACUUUGAUCUGUUUCAGCCUCCCCCAAAAAUAACAGAAAUCUUGUAAUGUGUUUCAAUAAGAAAAAGCACACUAUAAUAUAAUACUUAAUAAAAACAUACAGUCAUGACAAAUAAAAUGCAAACAAACAGUUUUUGCAACAUUUUUUGCUUCAAUUCAAUGGACAUUAUGCCGUUCCUUUUGGUGUGUGCGCCUUGGUCACCUGGGGGCAGUAUCAUACAGACAAACACAUUGACACGGUCAUAGCUGGAGUUAGCUGCAGGAAUAUUUGUCAUUCCUCGCAAAGGAUAAAGAAUAUAUGCCUGUGAGUAUUGCUAUAUUUUCUGCCUACAUGUCUUGCUCCACCGUUUGUGUUCAAACGUUACAUCACUUUUUUGUUUUGCUUGCGAGUCAAAGCAAAAUAUAAUUCGAACAACGGCUAAUAUCUUGAAAAACUCAUUUCGGGUCAGUUGUAUCUCAAGGCACCACUGUACAUUUUAAUUUAAUCAACAAAUUAAGUACAGUUUUCUAUUUUCCGAUAUUUAAGCGCAGGGGUAAUGUUCAAAUUAGGCACAGUGUGUUACAGAAGCUUAUCGUAAUAUCAAAUAUACUUUUAAGAAUAAACUCCUUUUUGAUGAACA